CUUUACCAGUCUUGUACUUGUUGCCAACCGGGUUAGUUCUAUAUCUAGACCAGGAAUAUAUUCUAGUCUAGAUCGUCUAUCUCAACAGUCAACACCGACUCAACUGUGUUGAAGUGUAAAGUAUAAAAUAACUCUUACAAGAUGGCAUCAGUUGUACCCACAGUUUCAGAAAAUGUGAUAACCUUUGGAGGAGAGUCUGGGAUGAGGGAAGAGUGUGGUCUGUUUGGGAUGGUUGCUGCUAGGAGUGGGACAGACUUCAACCUUUCUCACCUCAUACAUUUAGGACUGGUUGGUCUUCAACACAGAGGACAAGAGAGUGUUGGUAUUGUAACAGCAGGCCAAAGUGACAGAUUCUGUGUUAGAAAAGCUAUGGGACUAGUUAACAGUGCUUUUUCAGAUGAAGAUAUUGCAAGUUUGAAAGGCGAUCUGGGCAUUGGUCAUGUUCGCUACUCUACUCAGGGGCUUUCUGACACAUCAAAUAUCCAGCCUUUUGUUGUUGAAAGCAUACAUGGGCUGAUGGCAGUGGCUCAUAAUGGUGAACUUGUUAAUGCCAUGCCUUUGAAAAAAAAGUUAUUAAAACAUGGUGUUGGCCUGUCCACCAGUUCUGACAGUGAAUUAAUCACACAACUCCUGACACACACCCCUGACUGUGGUGAACCUAAUGGAGCUAACUGGGUUGGAAGAAUAAAGAAAAUGAUGCAGGAAACAGUCACAUCCUAUUCCCUUCUGAUCAUGCUGAAGGACAGAAUUUGGGCUGUCCGAGACUCCUACGGCAAUCGACCUCUCUGCAUUGGUAAACUGCUCCCCACUGAUGCAUUUACUGUAAUCAAAGAACAGACAGGCAAAAGACCAGAGCUGUCUGAUGAUUGUGAAGCCUGGAUAGUUGCAUCCGAGUCUUGCACUUUUCAUCCCAUGGGGGCCAAGUAUGUUAGAGAUGUUUUGCCAGGUGAAAUUCUGGAGAUCACCAAAGAUGGAAUAUUUUCUAGAUGUAUUGUGCCUCGACCCGAAGCUCAACCUCCAGCUUUUUGCAUAUUUGAAUAUGUUUAUUUUGCUAGACCAGACACGGUCUUCGAAGGUCAGAUGGUUGCCAGUGUGAGGAGAAGGUGUGGUAAACAGCUGGCGGAGGAGUGGCCAGUGAAUGUGGACUUGGUCAGCACUGUGCCAGAAUCUGCCACCCCAGCCGCCAUGGAGUAUGCUAAUGCGUUAAAUAUUCCUUACAUGGAAGUCCUGUGUAAAAACAGAUACGUUGGCCGUACAUUCAUCCAGCCAUGCACAAGGUUAAGGAAGCUUGGAGUGGCGAAGAAGUUUGGUCCCUUGGUGGACAAUUUCUUGGGGAAGAGAAUAGUUUUGAUAGAUGACAGUAUAGUACGUGGGAAUACAAUGGCAGCCAUUGUUGCUCUGCUGAAAAGAUGUGGAGCUAAAGAGGUCCACAUUAGAGUUGCUUCCCCUCCAGUGAAGUACCCAUGUUAUAUGGGCAUCAACAUUCCAACAAGAGAAGAACUCAUAGCCAACAUGGUGCCCAUGGACCAGAUUGCCAAAGAAUUUGGAGCGGACUCAGUGAAGUAUCUCUCACUGGAGGGGCUCAAGAAGGCGGUCACAGAGGGCAUCAGUGAGGACCAGGAGUCUGGCCACUGCACAGCCUGUCUUAGUGGAGAGUACCCCGUUAAAAAGUUGGACUGGUGAAAAAGAAAUGAAACAAUCUGUAUAAAUUCUAGGAACACUCUUGGACUGAUACAUCCACUCAAAGUUGCUUGAAGGUGUACAGUGUGUACAAACAUUUAAUUUUUAUGGGGGAAGAUUCCAGAACACUUCAGAUGGGAUUUAUUUUUCUUUAAGAUCAGCUGUGAAAAAAAUACAGUUAGUUUGACAUUAAAGGUUCUUUAUAAUACUUGUGCUAAAUUGUUGCACCAUUGACUUGUUUUGGAAAAACAUUCAAGUUAAUGUUUUAAUAAGUUGUUACCUGUAAACUUUUCUUAAAGUUAAAGGCUAAAAGCAGAGGCUUCAUGUUUAACUAGAUCAUGACAAUUACAAAAAUGUUGAAUGUUUAGAAUACGCUGAAAAUGAUAUUUUUUUUUGUAUAGGUCAUAAAAUAUUUUUUUGUACAGGCUAUAAAAUUACUGUCGCUUACCAAAGAUCUCAUUCACUACAUAACAGGAAGCAAUACAUUAUGUGCAUGUGACAGUGCUACAUAGAAACUAAUUUUGCAUUAUAAAAUAUUAAAAUGGUUGUGGUACUUUUUAAAAAACACUUAAUGUAAUGGUAUGUGAAUCUCAUUUUUAAAAUAAGCAAUCUUAUUAUAGUUAAAAUUUCAUCAACAUAUUUUUAAAAACUCAUUUUGUUAUUAGGAAAUAAUGUUUACAAAUUACUGCCAAUUAGCUAUAUUUUAAUUUUAUAUAUUUUAUUACAUUAUAUCACAUUUGAUUUAUUACAUUACUGAGUUGGUAACUAGAAAUUUUAAACUUACAUAUCAGUAUUAAGAAAUAGAAUCAUGCAGCAUUUAGGCUUAUUUUUAGUUCAUUGAUAUUUUACCUAUUAAUAAUCACUACAUAACAAGAUAUACCUUCUUUUCCUAAGAUCUGUGUUCAUUAAUACUGUACAGAAAAGCUUCAUGGAGUUUAUUUUUUUAUACUUAUUUUUCUCUAUAUUAUGAAAAGGAUACUCAAAAUAUUCCACUUUAUCAUUUUAUUCCAGUCAAAGUAAAUCUUUAUACACAAACCAGGCUUACAGAUGUAUUUUAAAAAUUUAAUUAUCUCAAUGCACAAAGAAAGCUCACUUAUUGUUAUUGUUAUUAAUAAUUAUUGUAUACAUUUUUAACUCAACCAUUUACAUCUAUCAUGACACGUUGCAUUAAUUAAUUAAUUUGGCACAAUAUUUGGAACAAGCACUUGUCCUCUGGCAGGUAUUUUAGUUUAACCAGUCAAUUUUUUAUUGUAAUGUUUGUCUCUUUGAUUUACUGCCACUUUUUUAGAGUGUUAAUGGUUAGAGAGAGGGGUAUUAAGAUGCAUCAAACUGUAUUUACAGAUCACACUUGAGAGAUGGUUGCAACAACUUGCUAAAAUUGUAUUAAAUUUUUGAUGUAUGACUAGUUUAUAAGGUAUAAAUGAGAUGGCUCGCUUCGGCACUAAAGCCAUACAAAAGCUUUCUGCGCUAUGUUCACAACAUUGGGUAAAGCGGAGUUCCACUCAGCUCUGAUGGAUACCUAGCACCAGUCAGGGAAAAUAACAAAUAAAGGGCAUUUUUUAUAACACAUUCCCUUCAUGUGUAUUGGUCAUAAUAAACUCUGAACUUUGCAUUAAACUUAUGGACCAUCAGGUCUCAUAAGGUAGAUUUUUUUUUAUAAAAGACCUACAUUAUAAGAUGGUUUACUGUCUGUGGUGUUAAAUUACGGGUAACACAACUUCUUGUGACAAAAUUGACAGACUGGAUUGUGUAUUCAUCAUAAGUUUAUACUGUAUAAAUAAUUGUACAUAGGAUCUUCAUGGGUUACCCAUGACUUCUUUUGACUAAAGCUUUUCAUUUAUCCUGUUCUAACUACAGGAGACAUUACAAAAGCAGUUGUACACACUGCGUUUUUGAAUUUAUAACAGACCAGCAGUGAAUGAUUGGGUUUGUUAAACACUGGUCCAACCCUGAUGUGUAAUAUAAAUAUUAUUAUUAUGGUACAUUUAUACAUUGUUAAUGCAGUUGUACAGUGCAGCAUUUAUCUGUGUCUACAGAUAGCAUUAUCUGCACAUAGACUUGUUUGGGGUGGAGUUAUAGAACUGUACAAUGUUUUUUUCUUCAUAAUACUUACUUGUCAUAUUACUGGAUGUAGAAUUUAAUUGCUGAUUAUUGAUGAAUUGUUAAAGUAUUUUUGUGUAUGAUGGAAUGUGUGUAAUUUUUAUGCAUGUUUUUAAUUUUCUGUCUUUUAUGGUAUGUGAAAAUGAAAGCAGAUGUAAGGAAUCAUGCAUAUUUUUUUUCUCUUUGCAUUAUUUACAGUGCUUAUUUUCUUCAAUGAUUAUGAAACUCAUGAAGAAAUACUUUGUACAUCAAAUGUUAAAAUCACUUUCAAAGUGGGGGGUCAUUAACAUGAGUGUUAGAGGCCGACUUAGCUGACCACUGCUCUAAACAUGAAUAAAAUAAUUGACAAGAUCUAGGGACCUUGUUUAAGUUGUUAGCUGGUACAAAUAUGAACAACUGGUACAACCGCUAGCCAUCCAUCAGCACUUGUGUCUUCCAAAUAUAUGACUAGCUGAUUAUCAGCUUUUUAUACAAAACAUGCUUCUUACUUUUAUAUCCAUUGUUGAUGCCCUAUAAAUUGAAUUCUAACAGAAAACUGUCCAAUUCUCCAGAAUAAAAUCUUUAUUGCAACUGUUUUGGCCUUGAUUUUCAGCAAUGUACAAUAAAAUGUGAAUAAAAGUAUCUAUCACCAAAUUU